GCCCUGGCGACCUCGUGACCUUGGCGCAUGCCCACUGUUCACGCUUUUGACCAGAACAUGAGGACGACGUCCAGUCCAUUGAUGGCAGCGACCAAGCCACCCCACAAGCGCCGUCGAUUAACUGGUUCGGCGACGCCCCCACCCACGACGAUGCAGCCUCCUCCAGGAAAGGUUCUCGCAGCAAGCAACAACACAAAUGUAACUGCAAAGCCCGCCAAUGGUAUCCCCGUUUGCACGUCGUGCCACCGGGCCCUAAACGCGCUCCAGGGGAACCUUUUACAUUGCGCUCGUUGCUCGUCGACAACAUGCGCCAUAUGCUCCCGCGUAUGUACCGCCUGCGCCCCUUCCCUGCCGCCCACGCCUCACCUCUCCUGGUCCCCCUCGCCUUCACCAUCACCACACGCCUCACCGCGCCGCUCGGCACUAUCACUUCACAGUGUCAACACUAAUCUUAUCACCACUUCCAGUGGCAGUUCCUGGCCACACGUGACUAAUAAUAACACCGUCGCUGGCAAAAGGCGGAAGGUGGCUGACAACGAUGAUGAUUCGGAUGGAGCAGAUCGCCGCUAUGAACGGGCCACCGGACAUCACAGUUCCUCAGACCUGGAUUUGUUUGGGUGCGGACCUGGAUGUGGACGCACGUUGUGUCGUAAUUGUUGUUUUGAAAAUAUCCAGAAGCAAGAUGGCCGAGCGGUUAAGGCGUGUGACUCAAGCGUAGCUUACCUGCAUUCGCGGGUUCUCAUCAUCAUAGCUACGACGACGUUAUUCUCUACCAACGUCGAUAGUCGCGACUCGCAGCCUACGCCAUCUCCAAGUGAUAUCGUGGCCUGGGAUGGCGUCUGCUUCAGAAUUCGUUUUUUUUGGCUCUUCGUAUGGCAAACAAUAGUGUCAGUUCUAGCAUCCUACGUAAACCUUGCAGCAGACCACGACUUCCACGACGAGGACAGUCUCGUCUUUGGCUACGCGAGUGCCAUGGCAUCCGAUUUGCCUACAUCGUUUCCAAUCUACAUAGCUACGCGAAGGCAGACCAGAACCUUCGCUCAAACUCUACUUCCAAUCUCAGACACAUCUCUUGACUUUUUUGACUCCGAACGAAGAUCAUGGAUUCGUCCGGAAAACUCAGCCCGAAAGAAUGAAGACGCAUAUCCUGUUAUUUACGAGUAUUAUCUUUCGUCGGUCAAACUUAUCCUUGGUUUGAACAUGAUCCUGGAAGUUGAUCCCUGCUUACCCCUCCUUACUCAGAUUUCGGUCAAAAAGCCUUUCCCGGGUUGGUCGCAUCCAUACUGGCACUCCACGGAACGGACUACUCAAGCCGAAAGCCGGGACGGGAUUAUGGGCGGCGGGUUUCUAACCUCCCUCUUGCGCGUGGCAAAGAACUCGCGAGAGGUACGAGACAUCGUUAACGAGGCCGCCCGCAGAUUUGAAGGCACUAUCCCCUGGCAAUUGCUAUCGGCAGCCGCCCACGUCAGUGCUGGUCCCUCUGUCGACGACCCAAAAUUGGCGGGCACCCUCCUCGCAAGCAUCUCCCCCAAGGACAUCCCUUACGUCCGGGAAGGGGUCCUGAGGGCAGUACUUGGAAACGCAUCAAGGCACAAGAAUCGUACAGUGGCGCUCAACGCCUUUCGCCUCCUCGUGGCUCGAAAUACUCCCCUGAUCACCACGGACUACGCCCGCGUCCUUCAUAGUGGCAUCGACUCAAUGUGCCAUGUACGUCACAACUUUGACUUGGCGGACCGAGUAUGGCAGUGGGCUGCACCACGACGGCACGUUAGGCACGGAGAUCAGGAGUUGUGCUAUGUCGUGGCUCAAUAUCUGCUUUUAUGCGGCCGAGCGGGCAAUAAAGAGGUCGCGCAUCAGGUCUGGCAGGAAGCUAAGAAGAUGGGUCUUGCUCACCUUCCAGUUGUGACUGGAAGCAUGUUGUCAGUACUUGCUAUGCAUGGUGCCGACGGCGAGACGCUAGAACUACUCAAGGACAUUCCACCCGCUUCCCUCAAUUCGCACAUGGUGACUGCGGCGCUCACCGCCUUCUCCCACUCCGGCAACGUCGAUGCAGCCCACGCCUUGUUGGAGCAAGUAGAAAUGCACGAAUCCCAAACUCCUAUUGCAAGCAUACAGUCAUACACUGCUCUCGUGGACGGCUACGCGCGCAGUGGGGACUUUACAUCUGCUCUCGCAAUCAUCGACCACCCCAAGCGUCAAAAGGUUGGAGAGGAUGACGUGAUGUGGAUGACGGUGCUCGGUCCCUGUCGUCGUUUCAAAAACCUUCCAGUCGCGCAGACCGCAUUCGUAGCUAUUCAGAGGCUAGGCUCCCCUGAACACCGUGCGUCGGCAUACGUCCUCAUGUCUGACAUCUACAAUGCCUGUGGUGACACCAUGGCUGCUCUCCGCAUGCAACAGGAGAGGCUGAGGAAGGGACUCAUGAAAGAGCGGGGUGCGGUCACGCUAACGAUGGACAACGGCGAAACACAUGUGUUCUAUGUCCGGGAGGUCCCGCCUGCGCUCGUACCUGCCAGACGUGCUAUAGAGCAGAAGCUCAAGGAAUGGACUCGCUGGUUGGGGUUAUGUGGCAUCAGUGAUGAGUCCAUCCGGUGCCAGCACAGCGAGAAACUCGCGCUUGCAUAUGCUGUCACACAGGGCAUGAGACAAAUCACCCUACGGAAGAACCUUCGGAUAUGUGAUGCCUGUCAUGAGGCCUCGAAGCAGAUUACCAUCUUUGAAUCCAUUUCGAUCCAUCAUUGGGACAGGUCAAGGAUGCAUGUUAUGAAGGAUGGGAAGUGUUCUUGUCAUGAUCGAUACUGA